UUAGAUUGUUUAUUAGACAAUAGAGUUGCAGUAUCACUAGUUUGUGUUAUGAUAUGACACGAUAUUUUUAGCCUGUUUUAACCUGCUACAAAGCCAAUGAAAAUCGUUAAAAGGGACCUUUAAAGAAUUUGGCGCGAAACCUACCAAGUAUAUAACAGCGUUCCCGCUAAAAUGCAGCAGUUUCCCUCGAAAACCGAUUUUAAACAUAACCAAAAACCCAAAUAAAAUUAUUCAGCAUUCAAAAUGCCUUCGAAUAAAGAAAACAUCGAUCUUUCACCCUUAAGAAAGGUGUUGGUUGAAAAUGGUGUCAACAUCAUGAAAGAUUCCAAAGAAAAACAAGCCGUAAACCAAAAAUCCAUCGUCAAUAACAAUGAAUUAAUGAAUUUCGAUCCAAAAAUUGAACCUUUACUUCGUGAUAAUCCAAGACGUUUCGUCGUUUUUCCCAUUGAGUAUCCUGAUAUUUGGGCGAAAUACAAACAGGCGGAAGCUUCAUUUUGGACCACUGAAGAAGUAGAUCUUUCGAAAGAUCUCAAUCAUUGGCAAACAUUAACCGAUAACGAACGUCAUUUUAUCUCCCAUGUUUUAGCCUUUUUUGCUGCUUCUGAUGGAAUUGUAAACGAAAAUUUAGUUGAACGUUUUAGUCAAGAAGUUCAGGUAACGGAAGCACGUUGUUUUUACGGUUUUCAAAUUGCUAUUGAAAAUAUUCACUCUGAAAUGUACAGCAUGUUAAUUGAAACUUAUAUUUCUGAUCCAAAACAAAAAGAAUUUUUAUUUAACGCCAUCGAAACGCUUCCUUGUGUUAAAAAGAAAGCUGAUUGGGCUUUAAAUUGGAUUAGUAGUAAAAACGCGACUUUUGGGGAACGUUUAGUUGCUUUUGCGGCCGUUGAGGGUAUUUUCUUUUCGGGAAGUUUUGCAGCUAUUUUUUGGUUGAAAAAGCGGGGUUUAAUGCCCGGUUUAACGUUUUCUAAUGAAUUAAUUUCGCGCGAUGAAGGUUUACAUUACGAAUUUGCUUGUUUAUUGUUUACAUAUCUUAUUCAAAAGCCGUCAAAGGAACGUAUAACGAGUAUUAUUCGCGAUGCGGUUGAAAUUGAACAGGAAUUUUUAACUGAUGCUCUUCCGGUUAGUUUAAUCGGGAUGAAUUGCAAUUUAAUGUCGCAGUACAUUGAGUUUGUUGCCGAUCGUUUAUUAACUGAACUUGGUUGUGAAAAAUUAUACAAUUCAACUAAUCCAUUUGAUUUUAUGAAUCUUAUAUCUGAUGAUGGGCGUACUAAUUUCUUUGAGAAAAAGGUUGGGGAGUACCAAAAAGCUGGUGUUGCUCAAGAUGAUAUAGAAGAUUUUAGUACUGAAGCGGAUUUUUAAAAUAAUUCAUAUUGUUUAGUUUUUAGGAAAUUUGUUUAGUCGGAUUAUUUUAUUUUUUACUUUUAAAAGUAAUGUCUUAUUUUUACUCACAACAUUUCCCAUAUCUAUUUUAAUUAUACAUUUAAGUAUUUUUUCUCAAUUGUAAUAGCUUUAAUACCAAAUAGAUGUUUAAUUAAACAUUAUAAAAUUGA